AUGUUUCCAAGAAACGCAGUUUCGUUUGCAAUAUUAGUGUUGGUUAUACGUGUUGAACAAGUUUGGGUUUGUAGUGAAAUCUCCAUAUUUACGUCCCGUACCUUAAAUACUAUUUUACUGUUCAAGUCGUACAAUAUCGAGCUAGAAUCAUUUUUGCCAGAUCCGCAGUCAGAUCCGACGCUGGUCAACUACGGCACUGUGCGAUUGUUCAAAAAGAGCCGCAUCAGCCUAGAAAUUACGGGAUAUUUUUUCAUGCUACGCAACCUGGGCCGGCAGAACGAAGUUCUGCUGGAAUUCGGAAUGCUACGACCUGCCGAGCAGUUCGUACCGCUAAACCGUAUCAGGCAGGAGCUUUGUGAGUUCUAUAACACGGAUUAUCCGAUCGUACAGGUGGUACGCGAGAAAUCCAACUUGCCCCCGAAAGGAACUUGUCCGUUUCCGAAGGGAAAGUACCACUUGUACAAUUACGAGGUUUCAUUCUCCCAUUUGCCCCCGAUGCUCGCUCCUGGUCGGUUCUAUACAAGGCUGGUUGUUCUCCAGGAUGGUCAGUAUGCCAGUGGAGCCAUGACGAAGGGAGUCGUGUCUCUCUAA